AUGGAGGGGCUUUUGAGCCUCACCCUCCAGGGCUCAGAGUUGGAAAGAACCUGGAAACACGAGGAUGAGUUCACAGACCCUCAGGAAAACCAGGAAAGCUGUCCGGAGCCAGAGGCAGCGGCCCACAAGGGAGACCCUGCAGGGGACGGCGUCCAGGAACGCAGUGAACUCAACCAGAUCCCAAGAACCACAUCGAGUCCUGCUGCUGCCCGAGCCACGGUCCCCGGUGACAGCAGGCCCCAGAGGUGCGGUGUGCCACCCAAGAACCCGAAGCAGAAGCAUUCAGACGCUGGCCGGGGGGAGAAAGGUGGCAGCCCCAAGAAGCCGUGGAAAUGCGAGGACUGCGGGAAGGCCUUCAGCUACUGCUCGGCGUUCAUCUUGCACCAAAGAAUCCACACCGGGGAGAAGCCGUUCGCGUGCCCCGAGUGCGGCAAGGCCUUCAGCCAGAGCGCGCACCUGGCCCUGCACCGGCGCACGCACACGGGGGAGCGGCCCUACGCCCAGCGCGUCCACACCGAGGAGAGGCCGUACCGCUGCGGCCAGUGCGCCAAGGCCUUCACGCAGAGCGCGCACCUGGCGCAGCACCGGCGCGUGCACACGGGCGAGCGGCCCUACGCCUGCCCGGACUGCGGCGCGCCCUUCAGCCAGAGCGCCUCGCUGGCCGAGCACCGGCGCAUCCACACGGGCGAGAAGCCCUACGCCUGCAGCCGGUGCGCCAAGGCCUUCACGCAGGUGUCGCACCUGACGCAGCACCAGCGCACGCACACGGGCGAGCGGCCCUACGCGUGCCCGGACUGCGGCAAGCGCUUCGGCCACCGCUCGCACCUCCUGCAGCACCGCUUCGUGCACACGGGCGAGCGGCCCUACAAGUGCCCGCAGUGCGGCGCCGCCUUCGGCCACGUGUCCUGCCUCAUCGAGCAUCAGAAGAUCCACACCGGGGAGCGGCCCUACAGGUGCGCGGACUGCGGCAAGGCCUUCAGCCAGGGCUCGGCCCUGGCGCUGCACCGGCGCACGCACACCGGCGAGCGGCCCUACGCCUGCCCCGCGUGCGGCAAGGCCUUCAGCAACCGCUCCUACCUGGUCCAGCACCACAUCGUGCACACCGGCCAGAAGCCCUACGAGUGCGGCGGCUGCGGGAAGGCCUUCAGCUUCUCCUCGGCGCUCAUCCGACACCGGAGGACCCAUGCACACGAGAAGCCCUACUCUAGCGUGGCCGGCGUGGGGACACCUUUGCCCGGCUCCCACACCUGA